AUGCGAGCCCUACCAAACGCAACAUCCGGAGCUCCACGUCAGAAAAAGGGGCAGGCGCAGCUGCCCCUCACGCAAGAGGCCCUCCAUGCGCCGCCCUCUAUCUGCGUCGUGCGGAUCGCCCACGACGCAUCCCAGCGCGUCACCGCAAGAGUGCGUACACACGCUAGGCGCAUCCAGCUUGCCUUGUGACUCUUGACUACUCCUAGACUACAGUGUAUCUUGCCGGAGCUUGGGAUAUUGGUACCGACCAUCGAUGGGCUUCGCGAUCGCGCAAUCCGGAUCAAGCGAGCGUGGGCCGACGGUUCGAGCUGA